UCCUCCUCCUCCUCCUCCUCUCUUUGCAUACCGUGCAGCUUCAGACUCUCUCCAUCUCUCUGUUGGACGCUGCACCGUCUCCUCCUCCUGCCUGACCACUUUACCACGACCACCCUUCAGAAACACAAUAAUCUGCGAUCAUGUCUUCAGUGCUUCAGAAGCUCAUCAGCCCAAUGGCCAGCACCCCUGCUGAGCCGCCCAGGAACAAGGUGACCGUGGUCGGGGUCGGCCAGGUGGGCAUGGCCUGCGCCGUCAGCAUCCUGCUGAGGGAUCUGUGUGACGAGCUGGCUCUGGUGGAUGUGAUGGAGGACCGUCUGAAGGGAGAGAUGAUGGACUUGCAGCAUGGCAGCCUCUUCCUCAAGACCUCAAAGAUCGUCGCUGACAAAGACUACGCCGUGACAGCAAACUCCCGCCUGGUCGUGGUGACAGCCGGCGUCCGUCAGCAGGAGGGCGAGAGCCGCCUGAACCUGGUGCAGAGGAACGUCAACGUCUUCAAGUCCAUCAUCCCUCAGAUCAUCAAGUACAGCCCUAACUGCACGCUCAUCGUGGUCUCUAACCCCGUGGACGUGCUGACAUACGUGACCUGGAAACUGAGCGGUCUGCCCAAACACCGCGUUAUCGGCAGCGGCACCAACCUGGACUCCGCUCGCUUCCGCUACAUGAUGGCCGAGCGUCUCGGCAUCCACUCCAGCUCCUUCAAUGGCUGGGUGCUGGGCGAGCACGGCGACACCAGCGUGCCCGUGUGGAGCGGAGCCAAUGUGGCCGGAGUCAACCUGCAGAAGCUGAACCCGGAAAUCGGCACUGAUGCUGAUAAGGAGCAGUGGAAGGCCACACACAAGGCUGUGGUGGACAGUGCGUACGAGGUCAUCAAGCUGAAGGGUUACACAAACUGGGCCAUCGGUCUGAGCGUAGCCGACCUCACCGAGAGCAUCGUCAAGAACAUGAGCCGAGUCCACCCCGUGUCCACCAUGGUCAAGAACAUGUACGGCAUCGGCGAGGAGGUCUUCCUGUCUCUGCCCUGCGUGCUGAACAGCACCGGCGUGAGCAGCGUGGUCAACAUGACGCUCACAGACGGCGAGGUGUCCCAGCUGAAGAAGAGCGCCGACACACUGUGGGGCAUCCAGAAGGACCUGAAGGACAUCUGAACACACACCUGAUCACACACCACACGCAGCCAUGGUGCAGAGAGGCCCGUUGACACGCACACACUCCUUUUAUACCGUCCUCUCUCUAAAAACAUAGCACUCUUAUUUUGAAGGACAGUACCCAGGUUUUUUCAGUCUAAAAAAACCCCGGUAUGCUCCUUUAAAAGAGCAGAUUUCCUCCCCUGCAGCAGGUAGAAUGAAGUCGCUGUGUUACUGUGUUUGUGUUAGGAGCUGCCUGCGUUACUGUACUCUGUAAGGAUUCUCGUGUGUCACCGUGCUCCUCCACAGCCCCGUACUCAGUCAAUCAUGUAGCUCCCUGACGGCGACCACAGAGAGACAGACGCUCGAAUCCUCCUGCCUUCGACUUUAAAAACAACACGAUGAUGAUAACUCUCGGAGUGGAGGCGGAUCUCUGUUAGAGCGAGACGGAGCAGCCAGCAGAGCCGCAGUGACGAUCAGCUCCGCUUUAUUUUUUUAAGAACCUGACUCUGACUGUCCGACCUCGUGUUGUAAACUGUGUUCAAAAGCAGCAAUGUGUAAGUUAAUAAACCUGAACCUUAUGAAGGGCA